GUAGUGUAGCGGGAGGUCGUGUGUUGAAGUGGUGUGCGUUGUUUUGUUGUGUAAGGUCUCGUGUAAAUUUUUCAGUGAUUCUUCCCUGCACAGAUUAUCGUUUUUUAUGUGGAGCUCGGUGUAGAUACUUUUAUACAGGUUAAAAGCCCGGUUGUACACUAUGCCACAUUUACUUAAAACAGGCCGUCAUUUAAUUUCGACCUUGUGUUAAUGUCUUUGUUGGUGCUGUGGGAGUGGAAGCAAUAGAUUAUAGUUUGACAGACGCGGUGUCUCUGAUGUCGCAGCUGUAUGGGUGUGUUAGGUUAUAAACAUCGGCAGAUUUCCUAGAAGUGAAUUUGAAGUCUGAAAUUUCCAGAAGUUGCAUGGAAGCGGCAUAUCUUUAAUUGAGAAGUGAAGAAUCUUGUGUGUACAUUUAAGUAAGGUUAUGUGUAUAUGUUAUUCAUGAUCAAGUCGGAGGAGAAUUCAAUGUCAGAAGACGACGUUAAAAGGCCUUCAUGUCGAUAUGAAUAUUCGGGUUGUUUCAAGUCGGAGUGUCAGCAACCCAUGUCGCUGUGGACCAAAGCACAGCAGCUCCCACACGAAGCGCUGCAACAGGUGCGUUCCGUCUAUGGGGAGCAUUUUCCCAUAGAGGUGCGUCACUUCUUGGCGCCAUGGAUCGAGGAGAAGAUGUGGACGGACGUAGAUCCUGAUAAUCCACAGCAUGAGCAAUACAUAUCGAACCUUGUGAUGUCGCUCAUACAAGAGUUGGAAUCCAAAGCUAAUGCUAUGACUGCUGAAGAUCUUUUUCUGACAAAAAUUCACUUGGUUGAAGCAGCCAAUACUUUUAGGCAACGUUACAGUCAUAACCCAAUAGCACUUUUCCGAAUAGUCCGACAUUGCCUGAAUACAGAAAUGAAACUGGUGCAGCAGCUGGAAAGUGGCACUCUAGGCAUGUUGCUGCCCGGGCUGUCAUUACUGCCGGACUCCAACGCGGAGAUCACCCAGCAGAUAGAAUACCUGCGGCGGCGGACGCAAGAGACGGGGGAAGAUCUGCGCAAGAUGGAGCAAGAGCAGGAAGCAUUUGCUCUUCAGUACCACGAGUGCACAAAAUUAAAUGCACAUCUUCAGCAUUUACAGGCACAACCUCAGUCGCCACAAAGUAUUGAAAUCGAAACGAAAGUCAGGAGGCAGAAAGAAAUGUUGGAAACAUUACUAAAACAAAAGGUUACGUGCCUGAUGGAGCUGCGACUGACGCUGGCGGACAAGCUGAAGGACACCAUCGCGCACCUCACCAAGCUCCAGUCGCGGGUCCUGGACGACGAACUGAUCCGCUGGAAGCGGGAGCAGCAGCUCCACGGCAACGGGGCCCAGUUCCAGAACAACCUGGACAGCAUCCAGGAGUGGUGUGAGAGCCUUGCAGAGAUAAUCUGGCUGAACAGGCAGCAGGUGAAAGAAGCGGAGAGGCUAAAGACGAAGGUUCCGCUCAAUUCAGGAGUAGUUGACCUGUUGCCGAACCUCAAUAACCAAAUAACGCAGCUGCUGUCUGGUUUGGUAACGAGUACAUUUAUUAUCGAGAAGCAACCACCGCAAGUUAUGAAAACGAACACACGAUUUACAUCUACUGUACGUCUCUUAGUUGGCGGUAAACUUAAUGUCCAUAUGACUCCACCCCAGGUGAAAGUGACUAUAAUCAGCGAGAACCAAGCCAACGCGCUGCUGCAGAACGACAAGAUGGCGAAGGGGGAGGCGAGCGGGGAGAUCCUCAACAACACCGGCACCAUGGAGUACCACCAGGCGACGCGGCAGCUGUCGGUCAGCUUCCGCAACAUGCAGCUGAAGAAGAUCAAGCGCGCCGAGAAGAAGGGGACGGAGUCCGUCAUGGACGAGAAGUUCUCGCUCCUGUUCCAGUCCCAGUUCUCCGUCGGCGGAGGCGAGCUGGUGUUCCAGGUCUGGACCCUCUCACUUCCUGUAGUUGUGAUCGUCCAUGGUAACCAGGAGCCUCACGCAUGGGCAACAGUCACGUGGGAUAAUGCAUUUGCGGAACCUGGCCGUAUACCCUUCGCGGUGCCGGACAAAGUUGCAUGGCUGCAGGUGGCUGAAGCUCUGAACAUGAAGUUCAAAGCUGCUACCGGCAGAGCACUCACCGAAGAGAACCUCAGGUUUCUUGCGGAGAAAGCAUUCAGAAACACUCAAGUGAGCGACUAUAGUGCCAUGCUCCUUACGUGGUCACAGUUCUGCAAGGAGCCAUUGCCAGAGAGGAACUUCACUUUCUGGGAGUGGUUCUACGCCGUAAUGAAACUCACCCGAGAGCAUCUUCGUCAGUCAUGGGUUGAUGGGGCCAUACUCGGCUUCAUUCGCAAGAAGCAAGCUGAGGAAAUGCUGUCAACUUGUGCUAAUGGAACCUUUUUACUGCGCUUCUCUGACUCCGAGCUGGGUGGGGUGACCAUCGCGUGGGUCAGCGAACAAGCUGAAGUUUUCAUGCUACAACCAUUUACGAGUAAAGACUUUGCUAUCAGGAGCUUGGCCGAUCGAAUAUCUGACCUGCAGCACCUAGUAUACUUGUAUCCAGACAUUCCUAAGGAUCAAGCUUUCGGAAAGUAUUACACUCCAUUCACAGAGAACCAGCCGACGUCAAACAAUGGGUACGUGAAGCCACUGUUGGUCACCCAUGUGCCGGGCUGGGGUGGAACGAACACUGGUAUUGUGAGCUAUCCUGGAACGCCCCAGAACAUGUUCCAACCUCAGUCCCCGGACCCUAGCUUGUCGCGGGACACACCUUCUGUCACUAGUGCCGUCAGCGACUCCGUCAAUAGCUUCCGGAGUGUCCCUCCCCUUGUCAUGGACAUGGAGUAUGACUUCAUGGGUAGCGAAUUGCAUUCGUCCAUCGAUGAUACUGCCAUCGACUUCAACGUUCUCGGUUUCGGGGAUUUCACGCAGUCCUACAACAGACCCCAGUGAAGCGAGCGAGGAAACUUUGACGACCAAGUCGAGAGUCUCUUAGAAAUUGAUGGUUUGGCUUUAAAGUGAAUUGUUUUAGACAGUGGUUUAAUGCAUUGCAGUUGCAUCUGCAGGAUCAAAAAAAUAUUUUUAAUGUUAUUAUUUUUUUAAAUUCAAGGUUGCUAAAGAGUUUAUGUACAUAGAUGUUUAUGUAAUUUUUAUUGCUGUUUUUAGUUGUCUCUGUGAAGCUUCAUGAGCAAAGCAGUGACUUCUUAAUCUUGUCUUUGUUACAAACAUUAAUAAUUUUUAGAUUAUGAUAUAAAGAAAAAAAUAGGAUAAAGCUGUAUUAAGUUUUAUAAGUAAUAUUGUUUGUUUUCUCUUGCUUUUUCCAUUGUUUUUAAAUGUGUUUUUGUAGAUAAUAUUUGUGAUUUUGGAGCUGCCACCAAGAAGUGCAGUUUUGUCUGUGAUCAUAUUGUCUUUUUUGGAAAAAGUGGAAAAUAAUAUUUCAGACUUUCUUAGACCUAUGUAGUAAGCAGUGCUAUCCUGGCGAAAGAAGGUUGUGUUUCUAGGCAUUGAUACAUUACUAUCUUGGUUUUUCCUUAGUGAUUUCUCUUAUCUAUAUUAAAUAUUUUUUAAAAUUGGAUUUUCUCGAAAUGAGCACAAUUAACGUGUUGUGCUUGUUUGUUUGUAGUAUACCGGUAAUUCCAUUGACAUUGACUGGACUUUUUCAUGAAGGUUUAAAUUACAUAGGAUAAUUCGUGGUGGGUAGUAUGGACCCUUGUAUCGAGGUAAAUAUUGAGCCCCUUGAAAAAUUUAAUAGGUAGCAGGUGAUGGUUAUAACUUGGAUCGCCUGUUGAAAACUACUGGUUUUUUUAGUAAUGUAAGCAUUUCUUUCAUUUAUCUUGUCUGCAAACAUAAAAGCAGUGCAGUAAAUGUCAGGUGCAUGCUUUGUAGUGUCUGAGCACAAACAGCAAGUGCUCUUAUACCAGGCAAGAGAGGUGCAGUUGGCAGUCACUUUCACAUUCUUGAGAUACGUUAAAAAAAUGUGCUUGGUCGCCAUAGUUAGGCUCAAUGAAGCCAACUCAUGAAAGCAAAGUUCUUCUUACAUCAAAAGUGUAUGACUCGUAAAGUUAGAAUUUGUUAGAUGUACUGAUUACAUCAUAAAACAAUGAAGCAUUAACUGAGAAAACUUUAGUUGGUGUGCAAAGUUAAUACAAAAUCUUUGGUGAAUAUUGACAGAUUUUUGAGCAAAGAACUGUUACAACAUUUAGAGUUGUCAUAAAAAAAAUUAAUGCUGUACAUGUGAGCAUUAGAGAAUUGAAUGCCAAUAUCGUGUAAAAAGUAGGCCUGUGAUAUUUCAAAUUUAAAAUAAUUCUACAUCCUUUUGAAAUAAUGAAUAUUGAAUUUUAUUUGAAGUGUAGUGAAAUUGUUGUCACCUUGUAUGAGUAUCAAUAUUUAGGUAAAGAAUUAUAUUUGUACAAAAAUAAAUUAUAUAUACACCCAUUUUCAUUAUGUUAAUGGGCCAAUUUAAUUAGCAUUAGUUCAUUUAAACAUGUGCAAGUGAACAUCUGCUAUGUAAAAUUUUUUCAUAAUUUCUGUGUUUUGUUGUUUGUGUGUGUAUAACCAAUAUAUGUGAUAUAUCCAUUACUGUUGCACGAAAGCACACUUAUUUGUAAAUUAUAUAACUGAUAUACAUAUAUAUAUAUAUUUCCGUACAACAUUUUUCCCACUCUUGCUUGUCAAUUUUAAUAUUUGUAUUCAAACUUAAAAAAAAACUUAUAUGUAUUCACACAGGCCUAUUAAAAUGCACUUGUCUUUAAGAAACAACACUGCCAAAUGCACUGUCGAGAGCCAAGAUGUUCAUCAUCAAAUUGGUGAUUGAGCCAGUAGUUGUACUGGUUUUAAGGGGUUAGUUUGUGCAAAGAACGUGUGUUUGCUUAUUGUUAAUUGGCUGUGUGUACGAGAUACCAAGAUCAUAUGGUUUAAAGGUUUCAGGUCGCUUUGUUUGCGAUUCUUAACGUGUUUCUGUGAUGGCUGUGCCUGUUGCACCCAUUUACAGUGGGCUCCUGUAGUGCAGAGGACAAUGUGCUUGCCCUGUUACAAGCAGGCUAUCAUGGAUUUAAUUUGUGCUAGGAUGCAAAUAGUUCUGUGUAAGCAUAUGUUGCUGUGGAAAUCCGUCUUCAAAAUAGCCUGAAAGCAUUAUUAUUGGAAAUGUUUUAAUCAGCAGAGUGAAGUGCAGAAAAUAAUUGGUAAAUAUUUAUGGGAAUUGGGAAGUUAAUUCAGACAAGAUGGUGCAAAAAAGUAAAUGCUCUCAGGAACAAUUUAUAUCUGCUGGUACAGAUUAAUAUUGGCUGCUUAACAUGUUUAAAUACCUGUUGUAUAUUAAGCUGUUUUGACAAUUCAUAUAUUUUGUCGUUGCAGUUGCAUUAGAAUAUGGCACAUGUUGCUGCAUGCUUAGUGUCUUAAUCCCCAAAAAAUUGACAUCAGUAAAAUCAAUAUGUAUUUUGGUAAUUUCUUCAAAAAUUAAUUUUGUUGUAGGGAAAUGUGCACAUUCUACACAGACAUUCCCAAAGAACAAAUGUUUUCUUUCAUUUAACUACAUGCAUCUUUGACUUAGAAGUUUUUGUAUGUUGACAGUAUAAUUGCAAUUUUUAUUGCAGUUUUAAUUAAAAAUGUCAAUGUAGUGAGUGUAAUUUCAUGGUUAUGAAAUGGGUAUACUAAGUUCAGCUGACGUCUGUAAAGGUGAUUGAUAGUGAUGGUGAAAGAAUUAAAAAUUAAGUAUUAUAGAAGUAAACUAAAUUGUAUGCUUAAAAAAAAUUGUGUUUUCCAACCUCUUGCAAGAAAACCAUUUUUAUAACUGCCAAAAAGUUGGUCUUUAACCAGUUAAACCCCUGUAAAAGUAUAAAUUAUAAUAAUAUAUCAUUGUGAACAUUAAACUGAUUAAAUCACAUUUGUUUAAAGUGUGAUAAAAUCAUAGUGGGAUAAAACACAAUUUUUUUCUUAUGGUUGUAUAUAAUGCAUACAUUACUACAUUAAAUAACAUUUAUAUCUAUCUGAAGCUCUGCCACGAAAAAUUGUCUUUACGUCAAGUUAGUUUAUAGACUUGGGGUAAUAGCCACUGUGUAUAAAGCUAUUUAUGCAGUUACUAAUGUAUCACUGUGAAGUACGUGAAAACUAUUACUGGUUAUGUUGCACAUUUUCAGUGAGUUAGUGUCAAAGUGUUGUAAUACAGUAGAAUCUGUUUACAAAGUUUCACAGUGAACAUUCAACACACCUAUUAGGAAAAGUUAUUAUGUAAGUUCUGUGGGCUGAAAAAUCAUAUCUGAAUGGGAAAUUUAACUGCAAAGGCAAUAUUGAGGUAAAUAGGUACCGUACUUUGUGAUUGGGUUCAGCUGUAUAAAUUUGCACAUUGAUUUGGACUGCAAAAUACUGGAAUAACUUGCAUACUACUGUUAAGUUGUAUUAGUAAUUGUAUAGUUAUUUAAUAAAAAAUUAUUGUGUAUUCAUACAGAAGUUUAAGGAAGAUGCUAAACACUAUCUUUGUGUUUGAUCUUUCUGGUGCUAGAAUUUUCGUAAACUAAAUGAUACUAGUUAAUAUUUUUCACAUUGUAGUAAAGUACAACUAUAUUAUUAAAAUAGUAUAUUUUUUCCAGUUGCACUUGAGCUAGAAUUAGUAGUUACUCUUAGACAAUCACAUUGAUAAUUAUAUGUAGUAUACUUGCACCAGGUCUGAUAUGAAUUAAUAAAAGAAAAGUAAGGGUGUAGGUAUGUAGUUUUUUUUAAUAGUGUUAUUGAAUUAUUGGUAACAUAUUAAAUUAAAAAUUGAUAUUGAUAUGACUUUGUAAAUUUUUAUUCAAAUAUUUAUAUUUAAAAAAUAAUAGUACUUUGGUCUUUAAUAGUCUGUUUUUUAACUAAAAAAAAUUGUAUUAAUUUUAUUCUUUGUGAUAUAAUGAUUUUUUUAUAACUUUUUAGAAACAGAAGGUCUGAAGUUCUGCAGACCUGAAAAUUUGGUGCUCAUAUAAUUUUACAUAGAAAUGUAGGGAUUUCGUUAUUAGAAAGUUAUCAUGUUUAAGUUUUUAUUCUAAAAAAUUAAAGCAAGGGCUUCCAUUUUACAUUAUUUUAUUUUGUUACAUAGUUGAAUUGGAAGUUAAGUACGUACAGUGUAUUUAUGAACUUAAAUAUGGAAGGACAUAUAAAUUAUUUUCAUUUACACACAAUGAAAGGUGCUAAAUUUGGCAAGAGAUUUUUUGUAGGUUUUCCUGUAAAUGCUUGUUGCUGGACUUCUUUAUGCCUGUAAUUCCUUAAUUUUUUUUAAAAGAACAGGCCAUUCUUUUAAGGCUAUUAUAGUUACUGUAUUUAUACGAGAUGAGGUCAGUGCAGAGAAUAGCUCUGCAAAGUAAACAAAUCAAAAAUUAACGAGUCAUUUAAAUUAUAAAAUAGAAUUAUUUUUAUUUAGUUUUUGUGUAGCAUUUUAAAAAUUAAUUUUAAAGUUAUUUUUAAGCAUUAAAGCAAGAUUUAUGAAAAAACUGUAAUAGUAUGCUGUAUAAUUGAAGAAUUACUGUAUUUUUCAAACAGGUUGCAGUUUUUUAUGCAGGUUUUUCUUUAUUCUCCUGUUACUCUAGUAGUUUUGUAGUAAACUAAAUGCUUGUUAGUUUUGCAGUUGUUUGUCUAGAGUUGAGUACGAAUUGCUGAGGUAGAGUGGACUGUUAUUUGUGCAGCUACAUAUGUGGCUUUCAAAUCUGCGUAGAUAUUGUGCCAAAUUAUGUGGUUUAGCAACUAUGCAGCUGUCACAAGUUAUGUAAUUAGUUUCUGAACAGAUGGUUGCACAGUUUUCAACUUGGAAAUAGUGCCUUCUGUUUGAAAUCCAAUAGUGCUUUUAGCACAUCAAUAAUUUUAAAAAAAAUGUUUUGUUUAUGUUUUAAUUUUAAAUUGAUUUUAUGAUUAGCAGUUAGUUAUUUUUGCACAAAAAUAAAGAGCUGUAUGAAGUUUAAGCCUAUACUUUUAUUAUAAUUUAUUUAACGGCUCUUUGAACUAGUUAAAAACAUUUUGGUUGACUUUUAAGUACAAAAUAUUGUCUGUGUUAAUUAACAGUUUGUAAUUAAAACUCAUUAAAAAAUUUAUACAAAAAAAAGUUUUGGUGGUUUAAGGCUCACACACCAUUUCAAUAAAUUUCUGUUAAUUCAUUUCUAUAUACUUAGUACAUGCUUUAAAUAAGACAAUUCUUCUCCAAUGAGAUUCGUACUAAACAAAAUAUUAUAUAAUUUAUUUGAGCAGGUUACUCUUUGCA